UUUAAAUAAUAGCAAAUAUGACUGAGUCAUAACAGACUCCUAAGGCCAAGGGCACAGCUGAUACUGAUCUGCUCCUAAGGGUACAGCUGAUACUGAUCUGCUAUUACAAUACCGCUACCAACUCUUCGAUCUUCUAUCAACAUCUGACAUCCUACAACGACUAAUCAAUCCCCACAAACCCCCCCCUCAUGUCUCACUUCCACCUUAUUCUUGAGCGCGAAAUUAAUACAAACACCUGGUGUGCUAACAACGAUUCGUUGGACUCUCAAAUUGACGUGUUCUUUGCGAGUGUGUACAGUGUGUACACUCUAAGUGAUGACAGAUGGGCUGCGAUGCUCCGGCUUCACACGUCGGCGUGUGACCAGACCUCGGCAGUUUCAUUGCCGAGGGAGUUGUUGGGUCUGAUAGGUGAGGGAAAGAAGGAAGAGUUGGAGUUAAAGAGGGAAGUAGAAGAGGAAAUGGAGGUUGGUUUGGGAAUUGAGGAUUAUAUUCCCCCUGGGAAAGCUAAUAAACCAUUUUGGGCUCACGGAGUGGACAUGCUUGGGUACUCUUUGAAUUCUUUGAGGUUGGCAAACUUGAAUUUCAAGGGCAUUGACUCGCCUAGAUCAUCACAAGUAGUGAAGCUACAGCUGAAUUCGGAUGAUACUGAUCGAAUUCUUUUGUGCUGCAAAUCAAGGGGAAUCAAGUUAUGCGGGCUCUUGGCAGCUGCCGGAUUGAUUGCAGCUCAUUCCAGUAAUUGUCUUCCUGACCAAUGGCAGAAGUAUGCAGUCGUAACACUCACUGAUUGUCGUUCCAUGCUUCAUCCUGUUCUUAGUUGCCGCAAUUUUGGGUUUUACCAUUCUGCUAUCAUGAAUACACAUGACAUAAAAGAAGGGGAAAACCUUUGGGAGCUGGCAAAGUGA